GCUGGAGAUUUGACACUCCGUUCAGACAGAAAAAACUACAGUUUCCAGCAUUCCUUGGCCAGGAUGGUCCCCCAAAAUGCUCUUCCUCCUGUGGACCAGGCCACCUCAUGUCACAAAGGCCUGGGAGUGGGACGUGGAGCCCCAGCACCUGGCGUCGUUCCAGCCCCCCGCCCUCUUUGACCAAGCCGCCGAGAGAGAGAUCUACCCGACCGCCGAGAUCUCCCUGUGGACCGUGGUGGCCGCCAUCCAGGCGGUGGAGCGCAAGGUCGACUCCUACGCCGCCCGGCUGCUGAACCUGGAAGGGCGGACGGCAACGGCUGAGAAGAAGAUCUUCGAAUGCGAGAAGACGGAGCUCGAGUUCAGCAACCACCUGGCCGCCCUGGGCACCCUCAUCCAGGAGUACGGGCUGCUGCAGCGGCGGCUGGAGAACAUGGAGAACCUGCUGAAGAACCGCAACUUCUGGAUCCUCCGGCUGCCCCUGGGCCCCAAGGGGGAGACUCCCAAGGUCCCUGUGACUUUCUCUGACGACGCGGUGAACUUCUCCGCCCAGGAGUGGACCAGCCUGGAGGAGUGGCAGAAGGAGCUGUACAGGAACAUCACCAGGGGGGCCUACGAGCCGCUGGUCUCGCUGGAUGCCGCCAUCUCCAAAGGCGACGUUCUCCCCCCGAUGGAGCAAGCGGAGCCCCCCCGCAUGGCGGACCAGGAUUUCGUGGGGGACAAGGGCUUUCCCGCGGAGCCCAGGACAGACAUGGAGCCCCUGGCGUCCAAGGAGGACCUCUUGUCUUGGAUCAAGCAGGAAGAGCCCCUCGGCAAGGGGAAGUGGGACCUGGGGAGAGGGAUCCCCCACGCCCUGGGCUACGAUGACAGCACGCUGAUCAAGAGCGAGGGGCAGACCCUCCGGGGGGCGCCCACCCCAGCCCUGCCCGGCCACGGGAUGCUGCCCGGGCUCCCCGGCGAAGACGUCUUCCGUGUCCCGAAGCCGGAGGCGCCCUGCGAGGCGCAAGGCCACGGCCCCCCGGGGCAGACAGCCGCCCUGCUCGCCCAGAGGCCGGAAGAGGCCGCCCAGAGGGAGCGCGAGGGCCCCCCGCCCGAGGCCUGCCCCGGGCCGGAGCCCCUGCAGUGCCCGAAGUGCCGGGAGCCCUUCCCCUGCGAGCAGCAGCUGGCCUUGCACCAGAGGGCCCACCUGGGCGAGGGGGUGCUCGGCGACGGGGCCGUGCCGCUGGCCGAGCCUGGCGGCCCGCCGGCCACGGACCCCUUCGCGGGCCCGGACUUCAAGGGCGGCCCGGGCGACCCGGCGUUCCCCCAGGCCGCGGGGAGGCCGCACGCCUGCUCGCUGUGCCCCAAGAGCUUCCGCCUCAAGACCAGCCUGCUCAUCCACCAGAAGACGCACGCGGCGGGCAAGGGCGAGAGCGCCUUCGUGUGCCCGGAGUGCGGCUGCGGCUUCAGCCACCAGGGGCAGCUCACGCGGCACCGGGCCGUGCACGCCGACCGGCCCCACCAGUGCCCCGAGUGCCACAAGGCCUUCAACCGCAAGUCCAGCCUGGUGGUGCACCAGAAGACGCACCGCGAGCGGCCGCGGCCCUUCCAGUGCCCGCAGUGCGGCAAGACCUUCAUCCGCAAGCAGCACCUGGACGACCACUCGCGCACCCACACGGGCGAGAAGCCCUACCAGUGCCCCGAGUGCGAGAAGCGCUUCGCCGAGAAGUCCAAGCUGACCAACCACUACCGCAUCCACACGGGCGAGCGCCCCUACCGCUGCGGGCAGUGCGACAAGCGCUUCGUGCGGGCGCACCACCUGGUCAAGCACCAGAGCAGCGUGCACCAGGCCGGGGCCAAGCUGUACGCCUGCCGCGAGUGCGGGCAGAGCUUUGGCCACGCCCAGGCCUUCGUCAGCCACCAGGCCGGCCACGCCAACGGCGAGCGGCGCCACCGCUGCACCGAGUGCCUCAAGACCUUCGCCCGCCGCAAGUACCUGCUGGAGCACCAGCGCAUGCACACCGGCGAGAACCCCUACGCCUGCCCCCGCUGCGGCAAGCGCUUCCGCUACAAGCAGUCGCUCAAGCAGCACCUGCGCAGCCACGGGGACCCCCAGCCGCCCCCGGAGGCGGCCGGCCCGGGGCAGGCCCUCGCGCCCGGCAGCCCCGCUGCGGAGAAGGCGCCCGUCUUCCCAGCCUCCCCUCCCAGCGGGACCUGA